GCGGCGUGGCUGGGCCGCCUGGGCCCUCCUUCUUUCCUUCCGUCCUUCCUUCCUUCGUGGGGGCCCCGCCCGAUCUGACGUGGCAGCGGCUCUCCAAAGAGGCGGCUUUGGCGGAAAGGAGGAAAGACGGUCUGGUUGCGCGCCCUUCCUUCCCGGCCGGCCUGGAGUGGCUCCGAUGGGGCGGCUGCGCUUGUGGCUCCUGAGUCCGCCGCUGCUCUUGUUCCUCCUGUGGGGGCCGGUGCGGAGCGUGGAAAUCAACCGGAGCCGCCUGCAGGGACUGGCGCGGGGCAAAGUGGAGUCUUGUGGAGGAUGACGAUUGAACCGCUUGAAAGAGGUGAAGGCCUUCAUCAUGGAGGAUCUCCCUCUCUACCACAACCUUGAGAUGAAGCACCUCCCUGGAGCUGACCCUGAACUUGUGCUGCUGAACUUCAAGUACCAAGAGUUGGAGAGAAUUCCAUUGAGCGACAUGACCCGGGAAGAGAUCAACCGGCUUGUGCAGAACUUGGGGUUCUACCGGAAGGAGUCUCCCGACUCACCAGUACCGGGGGAGUUCCAGCUGGCCCCUGCCCGGCCCCUGCCCACUUCAGAAGAGGCUAAGAAGGACCCUCUGACAAAGAGCAAGGGUGGUGCAGAAGACCUCUAGACCUGCUGUUUAUGACAACCUCAGGGGUGGAUGUCAGCAUUUGGAAGAAUGCCAGCAUUCCAGAUGUGUAGAUGAACCAGUGUGCACAGACCAGGAAGCUGUUGUGGUACAUACAGUGCAGUUUUAUCUGCUGACUCUAUGGGAGAAGAUCCAAAGCCAGUGAGAACGGCUGUAGGAUUCAAGCAUCUUGCCCUUUUUGGUUACAAAGUCACUUCUGGCUGAACUCUCCAAAGCUUCCUCAAUGACUUUCCUAACAUUUAGAGCAUGGGCAUUAGCGCUUGGCUCUUUCCUGCAAGCAGUAAGAAUGGCAGAUGGUUGUGUGCAAAAUGAGUAUGUGCACACUUGCAUAAUUCAUACCGGUCAUGCAAUCUGCCUCUUCAUUGUUACAGACUGUGGCUCUUCGGUGUGUGGGCGCAGAGUACACACAGCCCUGGCUUCCUGCCUGUUGUCUAGUCUAGGGAAGGUGCAAUGGAGCUGUCUGGAAAAGCAGUGCCUCUGUUCUAGCGUGGGGGUAAGUCAUCUCGCUGUGUCCCUGGAGGCAAGCCAGACCUCUGCAAGCAAAGUUGCAGCAACCACAUUUCUUUUCUUGCAAACGAUGCUGAACCUGGCAAUUAACAACUUUUGCGAGACAACAGUUCUGUCACUCUGGCUUCCGUCUGUUGUAAUUGCAAUGUGUGGACCACCUUUCCUUCCUGGGGCUGAGAAAGCUGCUGCAUUUUUUGGUGUGUACGUGUGUUUUUAAUUUCCUGCGGCAAUGCCCCAGCUGUAUGGGACAGGAUGAAGCCCUCUGCUGAAAGUUCUUGGUGCUGAGGGUGGAUAGCAGUGUCCCAUCAGCCUCUGGAGCACGGCAUGCGGGGAAACAUGCAGCACAACCCUCAAAAAAUCUCAUCAGGUGUGCCUAAAACAGUAAAGCCUCCUACAUCCUCUGCA